AUGAAGACCAGUCCCACGCCGCCAGAGGCUGAGCGCCCGGCACCGGCUGCCCCCGAGUCGCCGCAAGCGCCUGAGGUCGGCCGCUUGCGGCGUCUGCUGGGGCCGCUGCACUUCACCGGCGUCUUUUGGUACCGCUUGCACGCCGGAGCGCUGCGGCUGCUACCCAACUGGGCGCUGUGGACGGUGCACGUGGCUUUCACCGCGAUGUUCUUCGUUCUCUUGGGCGGCGUGCGCAAAGCGGUCGCCGGCAAUCUCGAAGCGGUGUUGGGUCCGUGCGGCUGGUGGGCAAAACAGCGGCGGGUCUUUCGCACGCUGUGGAAUCACGCCUGGUGCCUGACCGAGCGCUACGAGCGGCAGCGGCCGGACGGCCAGAUCGAGCCGGUGCUCGACGACAACAGGGACUGGGAAGCACUGCUUGCAGGCUCGAGCGGCUUUGUCCUGGCCACCGCCCACGUCGGCCAUUGGGAGGCCGGUUCUUGGGUCGCCUCGGAUCACGGCCGGCGCCACGUCAACGUGGUCCGAGAGCGGGAGAUGGACCCCCGCGCACAGACCUUUCUCGAGGAGCAGCUGGCCGCUCAAUCCAGCGCCGGUUACACCGUUCACUUCGCCGACAACGAAGCCAAGUUCGGCACCCGCUUGAUGUUCGCCCUGCGCCGCGGCGAGCUGGUAGCACUGCAGGGCGACCGGCCGAGCGCCCACGGCAAGACCGUCGAGACCCGGCUGUUCGGAUUGCCCUACCGACUACCGGCGGGGCCGGCCGCCCUGGCCCGCGUCGCGGGUGUGCCGAUCGUGCCGGUGUUCGUCUUUCGCGAAGGCCGGCGACGGGCGCGAGUGGUCUUUCGCCAGCCGAUUUUGGCCGACCCCAACCUCGACCGCGACCAAGGCACUCUGGCCGCCGCCCAGCGCCUCACCACUGAGAUCGAAUGGGCGAUCCGCCAGCACCCCGAGCAGUGGUUCUGCUUUCGUCGCCUAUGGCCCCGAGAGCAGGUGCUGGAGGCCCUCCGCAAAAGUCCAAGGUGA